AAAAAGCACCACCACAACUCUUCUAGCGGCUCUAGACUGAAUGGUGGAGAGUUUGUUGAUGUAGAUGUGCCUGGAAGUAGCACGACCGGGAUGUCAGGAGCCCCGUCUGAGUCCUCGUCCGCGCGAGACUAUUUCCAGCAACCGGAAAAGAAAAGUAGUUACUUGAAACGUCUGCUAAAACAGCAGGUUGAACAAGCAUUUCUGGAAGAAGAAAAAGCAGCGUUGCUUGGUACAACUUUCGAACACAGUGAUCAACGGAUGCUCGUCCGAGGGUGCUCAUCCGAGGAUGAGGACGAGGCAGCGAAGUGGCGCAGGCGUAAAGAACGGCGCAAGGAAAGGCGUCGAGAGAAACGGCGUGAACAAAUGAUGCGCUCUUCAAGUGGUCUCCACUCAAGUGGCCUCGAAGUUGUCAACACGACCCGUAGAGAAGUUGCACUAGAGCAGGUGAGUCUUCAACCGCAACAUGUCUAUCAGCAAACUGGAACACGAACAGCUGCACCACCUCCCACGCGACAGGUGACGACUUUACCUCCAAAGGAGACAAUCCAGGAGACGCACCAUCAGCAGUACUCCUCUGAGCAACUGAGACUUUUUGAUAUAGGGUAUCGCGAAAGGCCACCUGAGGACCAGCCGCAGGCAGCUUCUAGAGACCAAACUACUUCUUCUAGUUCUACCUCCAAGGAAAGAAAUAUUAAGGGUAGGUUAAAGGUGCUUUUCUUACCGCUUUUUAUGCCUCUCCUAAGGGAGAAAGGCAUAACAAGCGGGGUAAGCGAGCACCAAAAGCGAGCCUACCUCUAAAAAUAGAGAGAGAGAGGCUAAUACGAAUGCCUCCAUUGGUGCGAACAUACCAACAACAUCAACAAGCUGUAUGAUUCCGCCUACUAGUACAAUCUUGAUGCUGCCGUCGCCCGCAGAAGCAGUAUCCUUGUAUCAACAGGAAGCUGGCUCUUCGUUGCUACUCAGCGGAGGCCGAGACUUUGGGCGAACGGAUAGUCAAAGUGUUACUUCGUCGCGGAGCAGGCACGAUGCGGAGAUCUUCGGGACAACAACAUCAAAGAAGAACUCAAUAAACAAGGAGUUCUCAUCAAGCAAGAAAACGAGUUUAUUUAGGCUUGCCGAUCUGCAUUCAGUAUCGGAAGAUAAACAUAAAAGCAUAGAUCCAGCAGGAGCGCACCAACAACAUCAACAAGAUCUUAGCACUAGCAGGGUAGGAGGUAUAUCUAUAUCAGGUGCGGCGUCGUCAGCAUCCUCAUCGGGAAGAAAAAAUGAAGGUUCAUCGCGUAGUAGAUUUUCCGCACCAAUGGAACAUCUUCGACAAUUAUGGCUUGCUUCUACUUCUAUAUAAUCCAUUUUGUUGUUGAGAGGCAUCCUCAAGAGACUCUUCAACAAGGGGGAAAGACGUCUUUCCAUUUUGAGAGGCAUCCCCAAGAGACUCUUCAACCUUGUUGAAGAUGAAAGACGUCUCCCAGGAUGCAUCCAUUAGGGUGAGCUCUAAAUCAAGCAGGAGAGAAAAAUAUAUAUACAUAUAGUACAACCAGAGGAGGAGGCUACAAUGAUUACCAUGAUGAUUCUCUAUUUUCCGUAUCGUCACGAAAAGCGCAUGAGCAUAGAAGUGGUUCCUCUGUGCUAGAGAAAGCGGUAGCAGGAGGAGGUGGGGGCACAUCAGGCACUAGUACAAUAUUAAACACAUCCAUUGCGGCGGCAAGUAAAGAGGACCAUGACGUGGUUGACGUAAAUCUCCUACAGCAGGGUGUAGCUCCUCCGCAGGGACAACAAGCCGAGCACGAUGAUUCGGUGAGCAGUAGCUUCUUGGGUAACCUUUGGAACAACUUUUUGAGUCCCACCAACGUAACCUGUUCGUUAAUUCAAGAGAAUGAUGCCCACAACACUUCAAAAGGCGCAGUGGACGACGGAGACGCAGUGGAUGAAGGGGAGCGAAGCCAACUCAGUAGAGGACAUCACGCUUUUGAGUUCCUAGAUGACGAGGGUUCUUUUGGCCUAUUGAGUGAAAGUGGACGAGGUCAACAUCACCAUCACCUAGACAACAUUAAGGCUGGACAAGAAAUUAUUUUCCACUGAUUUCAGAAGCACCAACCUUUUUUAAAGGGUCAACAAGAAAUUAUAUCUUCCGUUUUUAAAGGGAAAAGGGGAUGCGGCUGAAGAUGGAUCUAUGGCAAGACUCUAAUAACAACAAAGAAACGCAACACCAAAAGAACCUGACUAGCGCAGGCCGUGUGUUAGAAGAAUUACGGCGAUCGCGAUCGACAGGAGGGCCAAGACGGGCUCAGCACAAGUACUCUAAUACUUCUAGAACAAUGGGAGCAUCCUCCUCUGGAGGAAACUUCUUGUAUUAAGGCUUAGGAGUUGACAUCUCUACAUCUCUAUGCGCGUCUCUAUGUCUUCUUCAAGUAGGAAAGCCACAGAUAUGCGAGCUAGAGAUGGAAAGUUUCAGCCCCUAACUACACAAUCAACAUGGCAGUUUUUAUGGUGGUCCUCUUGGGCCUUUAGAUCUAGUACAACAACAACAAUCUUCCACCUCUGGAAGCAACUCCAACUCGCAACAUCUGCGACAGCAGCACCAUAGUGGAGGUAGUCACAAGAACAGUACGACCAGCGUUGAGCAGAUGUAUCUAUUGAGCAGUUCGAAUCCCUUUCGGACUCAGUCCACUGGAGGAUUGCAACCGCGACUGAGAGGACACAAACAUCAGAUGCAGACGAAUACUAGUACUACUGGUUUUCAUACAACAAGUAGUGGAAAACUACAUUCGGCAGAAGGAGCGUCAAGAUCAAGGUUAGCCGGAAGCGACUAUGGGAGUAAGCGGACGCACAUGCAGCUAAUGGGUCGACGGGAAGGCUACGGCUAUGGAAGAAGGGGCAAGACGCGAAGCGAUGGACAAAUUCAGUUAUGUUGGGUCAGUGUCACUACCAGUACAUGUACUAACUGUAACUACUCAAUCCUUGUCGUAAGAAUAUUCAAGGAGCGAAGAUAUUCAUAUUUGCAUGAAAUAACGCGGGUCGUGAACAAGAAUUUCUUUUUUUUUUCUCAUUCUCUUCAAGAACUAUAGGGUUAGUACUACUAUAAUUCAGAGCAGUUUAUAGCACGCAUGGUGCAUGGAGUAGCAUGGAGUGCAUGGGGCGCAGAGCUCUAAGGGACGCAAGAAGCGCCCCCUUUAGCUCCAUAUAGCUCCAUGCACUCCAUGCCUUGGGAGGUGGCAAACCUUGAAUAAAUUAUACUCUGCUAUAUCUAACGCUUCAUUCUAAGUAAUAUUUCUCAUUCUCUUCUCCAAUAUCCUCGUCCUACUCCUCACAUCAACUGAUCUUCAUCUUCUAAUGAACCCCAUGCACCAGCACCCCAGCAAUGUCGCGCAGUCGUCUGGAGACAGAGACUAUAAUGACUAUAAUGCCACCUAUGGGACAGAGGAUGAGGGGAUUAUCUGCACAUUAGACGAUCUCGAAAAAAUUUAGUGAAGAUUCAAAGUCUUGAACUUAAUCUACUUAUUUGUUAAGAAAGAAAUAGAAAACUUUUUAUUAAGGAACUCCUCGCCAUAAUUUGCUGUUGAACAAUUAGCUAGGCCUACGCGCGUGGCAUGAUUGACGUACUUUUUUUCUUUUUUUGGGGCUGACAGACUCGUUGAUGCGUGUAGAAAUUUGAAGAUAAUAAUUGAUCACAUGGAUUAUACUUACAACUAUGAAGGCAACUCUGUGUCAGACGAGUACAAAGCAAAAAUCAAAAAAUGGAACACAAAUUUUGGGCUAAUAUGUUUCACGGAUGAUUUUCAUCUUCUCACCGUUAUUUUUACAGCUAAGUACACUGAUCCUUAUUUCCAACUGGAAUUAGUAAUCAGUAUUUUUCGUUCUUCCUUUUCGGAAUUUUUUUUUUUUCCUUAACAUUUUUGAACAACUAAAAAAAAAAGAAUUUACGACGACGCGGAAUGCAUAUCCUGCAAGCGCAUCAAUCUUUAAUGCAGAGAUGGGGUCGUCGGUCGCGAAAUUGAGGUGUGUUAGCCUCUUACCACUAGUGUAUAAACGAAGACGAAAAAUGAUUGAAAUUUCCUGCGCCGCCGGCUCCCCACAUCCUCUUGUUUC